CAUACCAUACCACCUACAAGAAUAAAGCUUGUUUUUGUUCUUUACUGACAACCUGAUAUGUCAGACUGCUUUCUCAUUUGUUUUGAGCUUUGGGUUUCGUUUCUGUGGAAGGACUCCACCUCUCAGCUGCCUCUUUAAAUACACUGACCAGUGCUUAUGUUCUGUGAGAGUGUUCAAGAUGAACUGCACACUUCUAGGAGUUGUACUUGGAGCAGUGCUGGGUUUCACCUCUGCUGGCAUCGCGGCAGGAUCCAUCGCUUCAUCAAUGAUGUCGGCAGCAGCGGCGGUUGCUAAUUGUGGCAGCGUACCAGUAGGAAGUGCUGUUGCUUUCCUGCAGUCCAUCGGGGCGCUGUCAGACACCUCAGUUGACCGUAAGAAUUCAGCCAGUGACAGCUGUUACACUGGAACUGGGAGCGAUGUCAUCUAUUGUCCAGGAUCCGACGUUGAUGAGACAGCCUGUUCUUACGGAAAGCUCUUCCUCGUUGGAGCUGGAGCAGCUGGUGCUGUAGCAGCCGCUCCCCUUGUGGUUUCAGCGCUGGGUUUCACCUCUGGUGGCAUCGCAGCAGGAUCCAUCGCUUCAUCGAUGAUGUCAGCAGCGGCGGCUGCUAAUGGUGGCAGCGUAGCAGCAGGAAGUACUGUUGCUGUCCUGCAGUCCAUCGGAGCUGCUGGACUUUCUGCCUCUGGCCAGGCUGUCGUGGCGGCUACAGGAGCAGCUGUGGGUGGAGCAGUUGACUACUUUACCUCUUCAUGUGAUUAACCCUUUACUUCAACAAAGCAAAUGACAAACGGAAGAUUCUUAGUUUUCUUGACAUAUUAAUGUUAGAAAUUCUUUCUGAUGCUUUUACCAUGUAAACCCAUGUUUUAGAAAAAUCUCACGGUGUAUAAUGUAACUGAUCUUAAGGAGUUCCUGUUCCAUUAAAUGUCAAAAUACCCGAGUAAUGACCAGUGGUGUCAAAGGUACACACAUUUGUCACUUAAGUAGAAGUAUAGAUACUGCAGUUUAAAAACACUCUGGUAAAAGUUGAAGUAUCAACUUGACCUCUUUACUCAAGUAAAAGUGAAAAAGUAUGUGCUCUAAAACCUACUUAAAGUAUAAAAGUAUAAAGUAACCUUAAAAAUAAUAAAUUAGUUGAUGGCACUUGUAGCAGCCAAAGUAGAAUUCAU